UCACGAAUCCGUGUUACUUUUCCGAUUUCCGCUCGUGAGGUUCUUGAAAAAAGCUUUCAGGGAUGGCUUCGAUGCCGACAUCUUCAUCGUACCCGAACAUUGGGCAAUGACGGCGAAAUCGUCCAUGAGCUCGUCUUCAAACGGAUUCAUCAUUCCAUAGUUAAUUCCAUGGAUCACUUGAAUUUCCUUGUUCAACUUCUUCCGAGAUUAGCUCAAUCAUUUGCACAAGAUGUGAACGUGGGGCUGAUUGAAUUGCUAUUCGGACGAAAUUAUGAAGUGAAAUAACAAAAAUUUCUCUCCACUCAUGACUGUAGUACUUGCGGUAUGCUUGGCAACCUUCCGGUUUUGGAUGAUAUGGAAAUGCUGAAAGAAGAAAAUAACAAAUACACACCAUUAAGCCCCAUAAUCAUCGGAAGUGCGCAAGAUAAAUUGUAUUACAUAAAAAGGAUUACUUCAUUCAAGAUAAUACAGACAGAGUAUAAACAAAGGAAAGAAAAAAAUAUGACCAAAUUCAUGAGAACAUACCAAACCAUUCAGCCCAUGUUGGAUUAUUCUGAGUUAGCGAUGCACAUUUGA